UAGUCACUAGUCAGUACCCAGUCGCCUACAAGACAUCGUGGUAGUGCCGAUUUACUUCUCUUUCUGUGCGUUUGCGUCUCUUUUCGCGGGAAAAACGUGUUUCUGUUUGUUUCCUGACAAUUGUUUUUUCUGGCUUUUUGUGUUUCAAACAUUUUGCAAAUUAUCUAUGGAUUAUUGAACAUCAAAGGAGUUGUGAUCAGCAUGACCAUCAGUGACCCUUCAAGGGUGUCGAGUAAAAGAGACAAAUGACCAUCCCGAAGGAGGCCACUGAAAGAAAAUGGAAUCCAGCGCGCCUUUCGUACUCCUAGUCCUGGCAGUGGCCGUUGCAAAAGGAGCGGAUAACAGAUGUUACCUGGAAAAUGGUGGUUCCGUGGAGAACUUUUUCGCGAGCGAGGACCUUCCGCUGGGCUCGUUGAUAGGCACACUCAAAGUUCACGGGGAGGUAGGACCUCGUGGAAACAUUGAACUCCGACUCGAAGAGCUCGACAGUCCCGUGCUUAUCGAACCGGGGACGAAAAACUUGACACUAGUCAAAAAACUGGACAAGGAGGGUGAAGUCGGGAUAUCUUCGGUUUACAUUCACAUACUUUGCACGCCGAAAGGAUCGACAGACCCGAUCAAAAUUCCAGUCAACAUUCGUGUAAUGGAUGUGAACGACAACGCACCGCAGUUCGAAAACGGGCCGUACAUCCUCAACAUAUCAGAGGUGACAGUCGUCGGGACGAGAGUCCUUCAAGGUGUAAGGGCGAGGGACAAGGACCAGCAAGGGCCCUUCUCGACCGUGCAGUACACCGUCCUUCCUGGGCCGAAUUCCGACCAUUUUGUAUUUGUAAACGGCCUCGAAGGGACUUUAGUACUGAGAAAACCUUUAGAUUUCGAAUCGUUGCCAAAUUUCACACUGACCAUAAGAGCACAGGAUCAAGGAAACCCGCCGCAAUACACUGACACCCUGCUUUACGUGAAUGUCAUCGACGCAGAUGAUCAAAACCCAAAGUUUGUACACGAGAGAUACUCCACCAUCCUGCCAGACCACGCUUCUGAAGGUACGAGACUGUCAAUAAAACCCACUGAAAUCGCCGCCUUCGAUCAAGACUUGGGAAUCAAGUCGCCAUUAUUUUAUUCUUUCAAUACAGGAUUGACAGAGUAUAAAUAUUUUGAAAUUGACCGAGCGACUGGUCACUUUACCAUCAAAAAGAGAAUACCCGAAGAUGAAAUCCUCCAGCCAGUGACGCUCAUACUAAGGGCGACUCAGAGCGACAAUAGGGACAGAUACGCACUGACGACGUUGACCGUCAGUAGACCUGGUACUUCCCUUAAAGAGCUGCAAUUUCUCCAAAGUCACUACAUCGCUGGAGUGCUGGAAAACGUCCCGCUCAACAGCGUCCUGCUCACCGUCAUAACAAACCGACACAGAGAUAAGCGGCUGAGGUACACUCUAGACGCCCACGAAGACAUGUUCAACGUCCUCCAGAACGGCGAUAUCGUACUCAAGCAACAUUUGGAUUAUGAAACCAAAGACACGUACAUCUUUCAGGUCAUCGCUACCGACAGCAUCAUGAACGCAACGGCUUCUGUCAACAUCACAGUGCUGAAUGUCAACGAUUGGGACCCACGGUUCCGUUUUCCCCAGUACGAAUUUUUCGUACCAGAACUCGGCGAGUUAAACGACGAGAGCGUCGCUGUCGGAAUGGUCGAAGCCGCAGACGGUGACAGAGGCGACAAGAUUACCCUAAGCUUACAAGGCCCCGCGGCAAAAAUGUUUACCAUCGGGGAAGACGGCGUGAUCAGAACGGCGUCCCUGUCUGCGCUCAACAGCAGCACUGUUCACUUGGUGGCUGUAGCAACGGACACCGGAAUUCCACCUCGACAGGCGUCUGUUCCGGUUAUAAUACAUUUGCCAGAAGCCGUCGUUUGGAGAAGUGGAAUCGGGAGCAAUUUGUUGAUGUUUGGAGUUUUUGGUGCGAUUCUUGGCCUUUUGGCCCUUAUCAUCUUGAUACUGAUCGUAUACAUUCACAAACACCGACAGCCAAAGUCCAAAAACCAGCUAUCAAUGAAUUCGCAAGCACUGACCAACAUAGAAUCCGAAAAAUUGCCUCCGAUGGUGAACAAUGAUAACAUAACACUCGGAAUCGGCAUCCACUCUGAAAAUAACAACCUCAACGGUAGCAGCAUGAACAUGAGAGACAACAACCUAUCUCUGAGAAACGAGAACAUGACAUUCGGAAACAAUGUUACAUCGCGUGACAGUAACAAAACUGUAAAAAUUGAAAACCCAAUGUUCACCGCAAACAUAACGUCGAACGGAGGAUCCCCAUACACAGCGACAGUGAAAAGUAUAAUGUCAAGGAGUACGAACAGCCGUCAGAGCCAACCCCCAGGAGGAAUAAAAAAAGCCGUGGCUCCUUCACCUCCGCAGAUCCCCAGCCAGAAGAUAUCUUCAGGAUCGGCCAUUCACACGAACAGGAUAUGGCAGGCCGGGUCAAUUCCAAGGACAAUUAAAAAACUCAGUUGGGACGAUGAAAGUGAAACACAGCAAAGUGUUAAUAAAACAGAAAUUGAUCCAGAUGUGAGUGUGACUCCAAUAAACGAUAUGAAAUCAACAGAAAACAUGAACUUGACUGUGUAUUUCUAACAAUUACGUUUACAUACAAAAUGCCAUUGACUGUGAUUUAAUGUUAAUGUUAUUAGACUCUGAGAAAAAUGUUUAAUUAUCAGAGUAAUAUUUGGCAAAUGAAAUAUAUUUGU